UGGACAGAGUACAGCUGUAGUAGGGAAGGAAUGAUCUCUGUUGUAAUGACCUGCGUGGAAAGUCAUCAUCUGUAGGCUAUACAUUAUAAUGUUACAUAUGCCACGCCGCAGAUCUCAAAUGCAGACUUUAUGGUAUAAGAUCAAGACUGCAUGAAGGCUGUCGAGACUCACUAGGAUUGCACAUGUAUGUGUACAGAAUGUUGUUAUCCAUGUUUGCUAACUGUUAGCAGUUAGUUAAAACUGCAGGGAUAGUCUACGGUUAAUGCCAAUAAACGGACAGUUUCAUAACAGUUGUGUUAACCAACGUAACUAGUUAGCUAAUAAUCACGACCGAGGCAACACAAUAUGAUAAUAAACUCCUGAGUGCCCACUCGGCUGUUCACCUUGGACUUGUCGCUGGACGUCAACUUUUUGGUCAGCUUGUUGGUGACUGUUAAUUAAAGAUCGCGCCAACACAGUGUUAAGAUGGGGAGUCCCAGUGGUUUCUUAAAACUGUGCCAACGACUGCCUUCGGUGUCAACACUACGAAAUGGAAGCAUGUGGAGGUGGAAUUGUAGGGGCAACCUCAUCACAAAUGUCAGCCUAUGGACCCUCCCCUCAAAGAGAUGUGUUUCCACAGCCCCCAGCCUCCAUGUGGCAGACUUGACUGAAAUGGAAAAGAGAGUUUUGGAUAAGCUUUAUGAUGGCCUGGUGAAGGGCCACAGGGCAGCACUUGCAGAGUCAAUUACCCUGGUUGAGACACAGCACCCAAGAAAGAAGGAGCUCGCCCAGGUCCUGCUGCAGAGAGUGCUGGCGUAUAGGCAGGAGCAGGAGAGAGCCAAUGGAAAUCAACCUGUGGCCUUCCGUAUAGGGCUGUCAGGUCCUCCUGGUGCGGGCAAAUCGUCCUUCAUUGAGGUUUUGGGAAAGAUGCUGACUGCACAAGACCAUAGAGUGUCUGUCCUCGCCGUGGACCCGUCCUCUUGCACAACAGGAGGGUCAUUGAUGGGGGAUAAAACGCGCAUGACAGAACUGUCCAGAGAUAUGAAAGCCUUCAUCCGACCAAGCCCUACCUCAGGGACUCUUGGAGGUGUCACAAGGACAACCAAUGAAGCCAUUUUGCUAUGCGAAGGAGCAGGUUAUGAUGUUGUUUUAGUUGAAACAGUUGGUGUUGGACAAUCUGAGUUUGCCGUGGCAGAUAUGGUUGACAUGUUUGUGUUACUGAUACCACCAGCAGGGGGCGAUGAGCUACAGGGAAUAAAGAGGGGUAUUAUUGAGAUGGCAGAUUUGGUGGUCGUGACUAAGUAUGAUGGAGACCUAGUGGUUCCGGCUCGUCGGAUACAAGCAGAAUACACCAGUGCCCUGAAGCUGUUGAGGAAGAAGUCUAAGUCUUGGACGCCAAAGGUGGUGCGCGUGUCCUCCCAGACGGGCGAGGGCGUGGCGGAGCUGUGGAGCACCAUGCUGGCGUUCAGGGCGGCCGAGCUGGCCAGCGGGGAGCUGCCGAGGCGCCGGCGCAGCCAGCAGAAGGUGUGGAUGUGGAGCCUGAUCCAGGAGAACGCGCUCAGCCACUUCCAGCAGCACCCCUCGGUGCGCUCAGCGCUGCCCCUGCUGGAGGGGAGGGUGACCCGGGGGGAGAUCUCACCCGGCCUGGCAGCAGACCUCCUCCUCAAGGCCUUCACCUCCACCAGCUCCUGAGCAAGAGUCCGUGCAGCAGGAGGAGCACUUGUCCCAUGCUAGAGAUGCACAGGGAGCACGCGCUGCUCUGACUCUGACUCUGCAGCACAGAUGAGAGUGUUGGGGACACGAGUGAGACUGGACCUUUCAGUGUGAUGUGUGUGUCUUUGAUCAGGGUGCACAAGUGAGACUGGACCUUGCAGUGUGAUGUGUGUGUCUUUGAUCAGGCUGCAGGUGGAGGCAUCAUGUGUGCUAACAGCUGCUCUUAGGGUGAACUAUGAUGGGAAUUUCUCAACCUCACUAAUGGACAAUCACUGUUAGUCCACUACAUUGAAUUGAACCUUUUAAUCACCAUUUAUGCUUGAGAUUCCAUGGGAUCACACUUACUGAUACAAUUCAUCUCCUGUAUGGCAAGUAGUUUUGGAUAAAAUCCUUUUUGAAUCAG